AUGGCUCCAUCUCCGCUGAAAAGGAAACGGACCGGCUCCGAGUGUACGAAUCAACCUAAUAAAGGAAAGCGCCUCAUCCUCAAGAUCAAGAUUCCACGUCCAUUCCUACUGACACUCGGCCUCCAAAUUCAAUCAACAGAGACCAAAAACAAACUCCUCAGCAUAGCCAACGAAGUCGCCCUCGAUCUAUCAAGAACCACAAAAUGGAGUAGCUAUCACGCCUGGAAAUCCGUUUCCUCCCUGCGCGCCACAGACGAGGCUGGACAAUUUGCUGAAUACGAGCAGUUGUGGACCACACCGCUACCAUAUGGUACCUGUGUCGAUCACGCUUACGCCUCCCAUCGUGAGCUCCGUCGUAAACUUCUCGAGAUUCCCGAGCUCGCUCACUUCGCCAGCAUAGUACAGCUCCUAGGCGCGUAUCGUAAAAGUGACGAAACGGGUAAGGCAUGGAGAGCUAAGGAACCGUACCAUGCCCUGGCGGCGCUGAUUCUGAAUGACUCGAUUAUCGUGGUCGACGUAACGGCCCAUCCUACCGCGUUCUUGCUGCACGUAGGUCAAGAGUUCGGUACGCUAACGCGAAUGGAGUUUCCGAAUAGGAAGAAGUCACCUGUGUUCCGCUACUCGUCGGCAUUUGGCGAAAACGGGGAACCGGUGCUAAGUAACUGUGAGAAGGAUUAUCGGGAGGAUUACAAGCAGAUCUCGUACGAGGACGCUCUUCGACUUAUCAAGUUCCCUAAUGCGAGGCGGACGGUGAGUGUACCUGCACAAAAACGCUCCAAAACGAGCAGAAGCGUCCGUGAGUCCCCGAAAAAUGCCGGCGCCGCAAACGUGACGGUAAGUAGGCGGGUAGAAGAGAUCCUUGGCGAAACGCAUAUGCCUGGGCGAAAAGAGAUCUACUUCGACUAUUUCCUGCUGGCCCCAUCGGAAAAGCUGAUGUAUGUGCAAACGCCCAGGGGCUACUUCACUACUUGGGCUAAAAUCUCCAUUGAUUUCAUGAAGAAGAGCCUUGGGUUGCUCGUGCCUCUGGCCGACUGGCUAGAAAAGCCGGAGCAAGAGCACAUUCGCCACCAGCUGACCAAGCUGAACUUCCCUAUGCGGCAAGGGGGGAUUCAAUGCUACAUCUUCCUCGACCUCACGGAGAAGAGAAAACUCAGCCAGCGAGUUGAGUUCUUCAGUCGGCUGUGCGCGACCAUGUGUCAAAUGUCUAGUGUGGAAGUGGACCAGCUCAUUAGAGAUACCAAUGGCGGUCAAGACCCGAUCUUGUGGAAGGGUUACGCCAUACUUCCGCCAGGAGACGAGAAUAUCCCCAGUCGAAAACAGAACAAUGCCCCUCGCAAGUGGGUAGGGGGCAUGUAG